GCCAUGUAUACACGGGUCUUUGGAUGAUAGGAAAUUUUAAAUAAAAAAAAAUAUUUUGAAAAGAAUGUCUAAGGAUAUCUGGAGAUCUCAAGGUUUGCGAGCGAUUGUUUCUAUAAGCAGUGCAAUUGCUAUCAGCUAUUAUAUAUAUUUAAACCAUGUCAUGGAAUUCAGCGAUCGGGUCAAGAAGGAAAAUGGAGAGGAACAUGUGGUGUUGAAUAGAACAAAUGUAACACAUAUAAUUCUUUGGUGGAAUCAGCCAAUAUGGGUUGCACCCUUUGAAAAGAAAUGUGGUAACUGUAUUACUUCAACGAACAGAGGCGAUUUCAAUAAAAGCUCUGCAGUGGUGUUUUCCUUAGCGGAUGGUAACAUGGGUACUAAACCACCAAUAGAAAACAUUAAGAGAAACCAAAAUCAAAUAUGGGUAGCUUUUUCAUUAGAGACAAAUGUGCAAAACUCGUGGAUCAGAGAUUACAAAAAUAAACAUUGGAAAUAUGUGUUCAAUUGGACAUGGAACUAUAGACCUUCUGCUGAUAUAUUUAUGCCGUAUGGAAGGGUAUCAGAAAGAUUAAAGCCAUUGUCAAAGAACUACUCCAUGAUAUUUCAACGUAAGAACAAAUUUGCAGCAUGGGCCGUCAGUCACUGUAAUGCACACAGUUUAAGAGACAAAUUUGUGAAAAAAAUGAAUAUGUGUUUGCAAAAACAAAGUAUCGACAUAUUUGGAAAAUGUGGACCUUUAAGGAUUUCAAAGAGUAGACUCCCUACUUUAUUAAACAAUGAUUAUAAGUUUUAUUUAGCGUUUGAAAAUGCUUUUUGUGAUGAUUAUGUUACAGAAAAGAUAUUUGCCAACUAUAACAAUGACAUUAUUAUUGUGGUUCGCGGAAAAGCAAACUAUACUAAUAUAUUUCCAAAAGGCUCGUUCAUCAACACAAAGGACUUCAGAACCAUAAGCGAUUUAGUUAGGUUUUUGAAUGAAGUGUCGGAAAAUGAAACCUUGUAUUCGAAUUAUUUAAUACAGAAAGACAAAUUUCAAGCAUGGGGCAAACUAAAGGAGCAAUAUAAGCAGUCAAUAUGUGAUAUUUGCCGAAACUUGAAUGAUCCCUAUCUUAAAAAGAAGACAAUUUUUGACGCAGAAGAGGAACUUGGACAGUGCAUCAAACCAAAUGAUAUUUAGUAUGACCGAGUAUUUCAUUCUGAUCGAACAGUUCACACUCCACUCAAAUGCCCUUCUUCUUGAUUUCACCAUGAACAUGUCAAACAUUUCAAUACACACAAUUUAUAUUUUGAUCUUCUUUUUGUCAUAAAACAAUGCGGUAUUGUACAAUAUGUGUGUUAGUUUAUGUCUACACACAAGUUAAGUUAUGUUCUCGAAGACGAUGUGAAGAAACUAUAUAAUAUAGUAGUCGCUACUUUUUUAUUAUUUUUGAAUAUUUUUUUAGUUGCUACUUUUUUAUUAUUUUUGAAUAUUUUUUUAGCUCCAAUAUUUACAUAAAAAACAACAGGAAAAAAUACAGAGGUCGUAAGUUUAAACAAAAAACCCGUUUAAUGGCACAGCGUAAGACAUAGACUACAAAAAUAUUUAAAAACCAAAUACAUGAAUCACAAGCACAAAAAUCAUCAAACAAAAUCAAGGAUAUAUGCACAAACUGUUCUCGUUUAGACAUUCAUCAGACCGAGUGGUAUACAUUAUUAAACUACUUACUUGUUUUAUUUGUGUUAAAUAUAUGAUUGUUUUUGAUAAGACAAAUAAAAAAUAUCGUGAUA